AUGGGCUCGGUAAUUUACGUCUCGUUUGGCAGCAUGGCUAGUUUAGGUCCUGAGCAGAUGGAAGAACUUUCUCAUGGACUGAAGAACAGCAAUCACUACUUUUUAUGGGUUGUUAGGGCAUCUGAGGAGGCCAAGCUCCCUGUAAAUUUUGACAUGUCCGAGCAGGGUCUGGUCGUGUCUUGGUGCCCGCAGCUCGGGGUGCUAGAUCAUGAUGCCGUGGGGUGCUUCAUGACACACUGUGGGUGGAACUCGACACUGGAGGCAUUGAGUUUGGGAGUUCCCAUGGUGGCAAUGCCUCAGUGGACGGACCAAGGGACGAAUGCUAAGUACAUAGAGGAUGUUUGGAAGAUGGGACUGAGGGUCGAGGCGGACCAAGAUGGGAUUGUGAAGAGGGAAGUUGUAGAGAAGUGUUUGAAGGAAGUGAUGGAAGGGAAGAAAGGAGAAGAAAUGAAGAGGAAUGCAGAGCUAUGGAAGAGAGUGAUGAAGGAAGCUGCGAGUGAAGGUGGGAGUUCUGAUAGGAACAUCAAUGAGUUUGUUGAUUCCUUAAUUCACAAGAAAAUGUGA